AUGAUGGAACUGUUAUCACCCGACCCUUUGGCUUUCACAGGACCAUUCCCCCUCGACGAUCUAGCGCCACAGUGUAUGACGCGAGACCAAAUCGAAUCCGCGGUCGCGUACGCCCCGAAGCUCUUUCAGACCGGUGGAGACUUGCCGGAUGAUGGAAUUUUUCCUGCAAAGGCUGUUGCUCGCAUCUCGAACCGUCUUGUCGUCAAAUACGGUACUCAGAUUUCCCUGAGUGAAGGUCGAACUAUGAUGAAAGUCCAAAAACAAAUCCAGAUAUCUGUGCCUGAGGUUUAUGAUUGUUGGACUUCCCAACUGUAUACAGACCGUCAAGUUAAAGAGUCUGUAUAUAUUGUGAUGCAAUAUAUACCUGGAAAAGUCCUAGCUCAGACAAUCGAGGAUUUGGACGAAGAGCAAACCCGGGAUCUCGCUGACCAGCUGACACGCAUACUCAACACACUCCACACAAUUCAUCACACAAUACCGGGCCCAGUGGAUGGCGGUCGUGCAACGGCACCACGACUCUUCACAACUAACGGUGCAGGCCCGUUUUACUCCCUUCAAGAUCUCAUUGACUGGUUCAAUGAGUGUUUAAAGCUAUGUCACUUUUUUGGCAGGGCAAGCAAGCAGCAACGCUUCGACGAAGACAUUAAAGAUUUGGUUAUGUGUCAUAUGGACGUUCAUCUUUCCAAUCUUCUAGUCGACGACUCGGGCAAGCUCUGGUUGAUAGACUGGGACUGUGCGGGAUUUUAUCCAGAGUUCUUCGAGUAUAUCUGCUUAAAGGGCUACGCAGAAUUCAUGCCGAUAGGCAUAAAGAGCAGAGCAGGGGCUAAAUUCCUUCAAACCGUGGUUGAUUCGAUGGAGACGUCGGAGGCCCGGAGAAUGAAUGCCAAAUUCAACGCAAUUGGUUAUGCUCUCAGAAAAUGACGUGGACGAUAUGAGGGUCACAUUGAUAUUGCCAACACGAAUGCACAAGUCGAGAAUAGGCUAAGGGGGACUAGCACUGACUCCGCCUACAUUGAAACCAGCGGGAUGCAUAUCUACAAUUCGUGCCCGCUAAGCCCUGCUGCAUUUACCGCCCAACAGACCGCGUCUCGUGCUUCGAAUGUCAAACAGCAGGGGUUAUCGCUCUACCAGGCUUCCGAGCUGAUACCAUGUCAUGGCACAAAGGCUCCGUUGCGAUGAGCCGCAAGGUAUAUAUGCCUCGCCUUCCCAUUCUCAUGGCAGAUACAACACCCUCUGGACCACACUAUCAGGUCGUCUAUCUCUUUAGGGCUCUCUUACCAAUCCAAUCCUCCGCUUCAUCCUG